ACUAAUUUAUCAACAGAGCUGGUUUAUCGAUUGACAUUGAAGUUGUACCUGAAAGUACAAGUAAUAUAAGCACGGUUGGGUUGCGGAGAACUUCGGUGAUUCCGCCGGAGUUCUUUUACUACUGCCAUGCUCAUCCAUCUGUCGUCGCCUACACUGUCAUCAUCUGUUCGGAUUCUCACUUUCACUCCUUCACUUCGUUACAGCUUCAUAAAUCAGCCAUUACAGACUUACAGAACUGCAAUUCCAUCCACCCGCACCAGAGUUGUUCAAAUGGGUCACGAAAAAUCACAACUGGUUUCGCAGAAAUCGCACGCUAUUUCUAAUUUCAGAUUGUGCAAUGUUUCUGGUAGGAAGACUGAAUUGGUGGAGAUUCAUGCCACAAAUCCCAGAUUUCAUGUUCUAUUUAUUCCUGGAAAUCCAGGUGUUGUUUCAUUUUACACUGAUUUUUUGGAGUCACUUUAUGAGCAAAUGGGAGAAACUGCUUCCAUAACAGGAAUUGGGUAUAUAUCACACUCAGAAAAGGAUUGGGAGCACGGAAGGUUGUUUGGACUAAAGGAACAAAUUGAUCAUAAGAUAAAUUUCAUCCAACAAGAACUACAAACUAUUGAAGUCCCUCUUAUACUGAUUGGGCACUCUAUAGGGUCGUUUAUGUCAUUGGAAAUAUAUAAAAGAAUUCCUGAAAAGGUUGCAUAUAUAUUUGCCCUUUAUCCAUUUUUAGCAGUGGACACAAAGUCACAACAACAGUCAAUUAUAAAGAAAAUUUCAAGGUCACAACUUACAUCUAAUGUGAUAAGUGCUAUUGUUGCAUUAUUCGGGUUUCUACCAAUUUGGGCAUCAAGAUUUAUUGCAAAAAUCUCAUUGGGAAAAUCAUGGUCAACUACUGCUCUUGAUGCUCUUUGUACACGUGUUCUUAAGUAUCAUACAAUGCGAAAUGUACUUUAUUUGACCAUGACCGAAUUCGAAGAGCUUGUAAAGGUACCUGAUUGGGAUUUUAUGAGAGAAAAAAGAAAUCGGAUUGCAUUCUUGUAUGGUGAUGAUGAUCAUUGGGCUCCAUUGCACAUGCAUGAUGAGGUCGUGAAGCAGGUCCCGAAUGCGAUUAUAGAUGUAGAAAAAGAAGGUCACACGCAUGCUUUUUCCUGCACAAUGGUUGGUUCAGUAUGGGUGGCUCGCCACGUGGCAACCUUGAUCAAGAAAACCCUAAUUUGAACAGAACUUGUACAUCUUCAAGAUUCAAGAAAAGGUACAAAGUUUGCAUCUUUAUUUUUAAAAAAAUUGUGGGUCUGGAAUAAGUUUUAAUGUGGAUUCAGAAUUUGGAAGAUAUAUAUGAUGAUGAUUAUUGAAGGACGAUGGUAAUUAACAAGUUGUACCAUAUGUAUAAGAAGUUGUACAUCUUCAAGAUUCAAACAUAAUGUGUAAAGCUUGCAUCUUUAAUUAAAAACAGAUGUGGGUCUGGAAUAGUUUGUAAUGUGGGUUCAGAAUUUGGAAGAUAUGAUGAUGAUUAUUGGGUGACAACGUUAACACGUUGUACAAUAUGCACAAGAAGUUGUACAUCUUCAAGAUUUAAGAAUGGUGUAUAAAGUUUGCAUCUUUAUUUAAAAAGAGUUGUGGGUCUAGAGUAAUUUUUAAGGUGGAUUCAAAAUUUGGAAGAUAUAUAUGAAUGACGAUGUUAACUAAUUGUACUAUAUGCAUUAUUACUUGUACAACUUUAGUAUUCAGGAAUAAUGUGUAAAGUUUGG